GUGGCUAUAAUGCAGCAUUCUUUUGGUAAGGGCGCAGUCAGUAGCACCUCUGUCCUUUACAUUUUUUACGUUUUGUUAAAGCAGAGGGGAAGAGAAGUUCUCCUGAGCUGGGCGAAGGUUGUGCGUUAACAUGUAUGGAAAGCUCGGUGUCACGCUAGGACGAAGCGUCUUCAGAUUUUCACAUCAGCUAAGAGUGCAAGGGUCAAAAUUCACUGAGGACCUUAGUUCAUUCUUCUCUAAUUUUUCAAGUUUUAGCUCUGAAUGUCUCACCAGUACAUCCCAUAAUACGACGCGAGAUCCUGGUUAAUCGACGAACCUGCGUGAUUGUUUUGGAUCAUCCCAGUGAAGCGGUGAUGGACGGGAAAGGAAAAGCAACAAGUGAAUCUCAAUAAGACGUGUCCCUUUGCGUACUCAUUUUCCAUGUGUCAUUCAUCGAACGGACUGCCUGCAGACAAUCAGAAGAAGGAACAUGACAAGAAACAGGUCAUCUUCCAGCGGGCCUCCGGAACCACACUGUCACAUGACACGAGAGGCCAGAGUUUUGCUAAACCCCCAGAAAGACCGACAUAACUGAUGAAAGCCGUCCAGAAAAUGCACAUAACGAACAACAAGAAGAAUGUAUCUCACAACGUCGCGGAAUUAUUUGUAACAAAGUCGUUAUGCAUUUAAACAUAAUGACAAAAUUCGUCAUCCCAAACGUAUUGGGUCAGCGACCGUAAAAGACCUACUUGUACAGUGAAAUGGAUUAGCCUACAGAACGGGAAAAAAGGGGACGAGAAACAUCCCACCAUCCUCCAUCAAGACAGUACAGUGGUUCUUCCUGCAAACUACAGGAGAUAACUGAAAGAAUCAACAAGUUUACUGUUACUGUAUUACCAACCCAUUUUCUUGGAUGACAAAAUUAAAGCAAACGCCACGAAGAGGAGCGCGGCUUCAUGCGCAGGAGCGACAAGAAAUCCCAGCUGGGAUUCACUGCCUCAGAAAGAGCACGUACUGCUUUAUACAAGUCACCAGCUAGAGCUUGAGAAGUUCCACUUCAGCAGAGUUGUGCAGGCGGAGACCUGUGGAAAUUGCCAGUUUAAUCAAACUUGACUAUACUGAGAAGAAAAUACAAAUCUGGUUUCAGAACCGAAGGAUGAGACAAAAUAGACUGUUGGUUGAAAAGAAUUUCUCUCUUAGCUGGACCAUCUCUGAUCAACAACUCACCACCCUCACCACCACCGUCCUGAGUGUAGCUUCAAUAGAUGUAUUUAUCUAUGGUGCCUCAGGUGAAACGCAUGACAAGAGAAGCAGGCUAUAUCUGGGUAUGCCAAUCAAGUUGGCUAUACAUUAAUGGCAUUCUCUGUCUCUUUACAUAAAACUAUUCUGUUCCCAGAGCGUAGCCAAUAAUAAAGUAGGCUACCCCUUUUUAAAUAAUUAAAUGCCACUUUUAUGUUAUAUUUCCAAAACGAAUGUUUAAAGGUAAAUUAGCAUUAUAGUAAUUUUCUUGAUUGAUUUAAUAACGUUACUUUUAAUAAAUCAGUCAAAUUAUUGUGUGAACAUAUAUAUUCCCAUGAAUUGGACAUUUUGCGUGUUGUAGCGCAUUUAUUUAGCUAUUGCUUCUCGCGAUGUUAAUUUGAAAUGAUCGAAUCAGUUUAUCUCUGACAACUUAGAGUUCUUAUUAAUCAUUUUCUGUAGGUUAUCGAAUGGAGUAGCCUGUGUCACCUGUAUUAAAAAAAUAUAUGGUUUUAGAUUUAUCUAAAAAGUCGAAUUAGUCUAGGGAUCAAAACACGUUUUCUAAACUCCCUCUGUGUAGGAGCAAAAUAUUUUAGCGUCCAACAAACUUAGCCUAUUUUAAUGGAAUAUUAUAUCUAAGCACUAUCUUAAAAAGCAGGGUGGCCCACUAUAUCUCGAAAGAGAGAUAAGCUUAGGCUAACAACACCAGUCUCAAUAGGCCAUUGAUGUAUGGGGGUUCUUUAAUUCCAGUUAAAUUAGGAACUUAGAUUUGGUAAAAUGGCACAAGAAACUCUCUAGAGAAAAAAAUACGUAAAAAACCGACCAGUCUAUUUUAAGUAAAUGGUGAAAGUUAUUGUGUAUGAUGAAUUUUUAGGGCCUGUUUAUUUAUAGCUUACAACUCCAGUUGUCCUUUGCUAUUGAACUGCAGUGCUUGCUUUAAUUCACAUUAGACCUACAUUGCGAGUUUAUCAGACUGAUGGCUGGAUUCGAUUGAUGUGUUUGUCAUGUAAAUACGAAUCGUUUGAUGGACACCUGCAACGCCCAGAGUGCUACCGCAGGUCGCCCACUAUUGGUGCAAAAUUAGUCACAUGAUCUGUCACUAAACUGAUAUGAGCUCGGAUAGAACUUUGUGUGGUUUGACAUAGUGCUUAGAGGUUGUAGGGGCACUGGGACCACACAUCAGCCUAUAUUGACCCUGCUUAAUCAAUUUUGCCUGGUCAGUCAACAAUGAAUUCCUACUUAGAUUAUACGAUUUAUAACCGUGGUGCUAACACUUAUAGUUCGAAGGUUGGGUGUUUUCCUAUGGAACAGGAAUACUUGCCAAGUCCUUGUACAAGUAGUACAAAUAGUUACAUUCCCGAGGGACGGCCAGUCGGAGGGAACACUUUUACACCGGCAACGCACGAAACUCACGGUACAGCUUAUGCACAACUUCAUUCGCAGCAAUACCACAUCAACGUGGAUAUGGGGAAAACUGGACAAACCAAUUUUGGCAAGCAAACCCGACCUCCUCACUCGGACUAUGGACAUCAACACGUUCUCACUCAAGCAGAUGACCACAUGCGUCUUCAGUCCCCUGCUUUUUCUGUCGUGAACAUGGGAGCCAACAUUGGAACAUACAGUGACUCUAACUGCAGGCCUGGCUCGGUCUCUGCAAGCCACUAUCAGUCCUAUCCCUAUGGAGAACAUGAACCACCACACGGCUAUGGUUCGUUCAGCAAGUACCACAUCUCCCCUGACAGUGACAGCGACUCCAAGACGAACAUCAAACAAGCGCCAACGUUUGACUGGAUGAAAGUCAAGAGAAAUCCCCCUAAAACAGUUAAAGUCGACGAAUAUGCGAUCCACGGCCAGCAGAAUAUAAUACGCACUAAUUUCACCACCAAGCAGCUCACCGAACUUGAGAAGGAGUUCCACUUCAGCAAGUACCUGACCAGAGCACGCAGGGUAGAAGUGGCCGCCACCCUCGAACUGAACGAAACGCAGGUUAAAAUUUGGUUUCAGAAUCGCAGAAUGAAACAGAAGAAGCGCGAGAAGGAAGGAACGGCGCCGGUAAUUAAGCGUGCGACUCUUUGCUCUUCUGGUCAAAGCGCAGAGAACUCAAACAGCUCAUCCCCGAGUGCUUCGCCUGCCUCAGACUCUUCCACUGCUGUUUGAUGGUUACCUGCCUUUGUGGCACACGAACUGAUGUUUUAUCAUUGUGCUGUGGAGAACUAUUUAACUUAUUCUGCUUUCUUAGAUAAAGCAUUAAAUAUGUGCUAGUGUAUGCAUGCGUGUUUUAUAUAUAGCGCAAAAUAAAGAAUUUUGCUGCAUUAGA